AUGAAGUUCCUACCACUUCGCGACUUCGAAGACGUGACGAGCGCGUUGAAUUUCGACACCCCAGAUUGCCACGUCAUCGGCGGUUGCGAUCUAUACACUACCAAGGCAGCAGGCUCCGAUAAGAAGCUGUACCGCAAUAUUGAGAACUCGCUAGAGUCGCAAUAUGAAUCACUUGUCCGAUUAUCGGCCUCUGUCUCACCUCCAUUAGGCUCAUCGGAACCGUCGCCUGUAAACUUGUCUCGCGCAAGCCCGUUCGGCCCCUUGAGCCAGGUUUCAAGUCGUCGUACGUUUGCAUAUCUUAUCGCCACGCUCAAUGCAAGCCACCCCGACUAUGACUUCUCUCAUAUCCUUAGACCUGCGGAUUUCCGAAAGGAGCGUAGCUUGAAGACUAUUAUCGGUACUAUCGAUUCAACAUUGUACAAUCUCAGGCCUAGUUCAGGUAUGACUCUCCAGGUUCCGCCGCAGACUAGCUAUUCAACUACGGCAUCUGCGCCUCCUACAAGUCAAGCAUGGGGCCCCCAAAUGUGGUCCAUGAUCGAUAAGGAGAUGACUUUGAAAGAGUGUGCCGUCUACUGCUGGGCCCCUCCGGAUGAUCCAUUCGAUGGAGACGAGGGCUCUAUAUGGAGCCUGAACUAUUUCUUUUUCAACAAGACGAGAAAGCGCAUCGCCUAUAUCUACGUCCGAGGUGUCCCGGUGAUGAGUCAUAGCCCGUCACGUAUCUGCAUGCCGAAGAGGAGUGCCAAUGGGCUGGACCUGGGAGCCAACAAGCGUGCAAGAUACUGGUUUGGAGACCAGGCGGUUCAUGUCACUAAUGAUGAAGAUGCAGAUCUGGACGACUGCGAGCCCAGAGCGUGGGGCGAAGAUGAUGUUGCUGAUGACCUUUUUGAUGGAGACGACUUCUGCGAUUCCUACGACGACGAAGCUGAUGAUGAGUCAGACGAGCAGAGUUACAAGAGUCCAAUCCGAGGCGUCAGUGAAGAUAUCGCCUCUUCCAUGGACAUAGAUUAUUAA